AUGUUGUGGGUGGACAAACAUCGUCCCAAAGUCCUCGACCAUGUUAUGGUCCACACUGAGAUCGCUCAUAAUCUCAAGAAAUUGGUGAAGGAAGAAGAUUGCCCCCAUUUACUCUUCUAUGGCCCUUCUGGCUCUGGCAAGAAAACCCUAAUCAUGGCCCUUCUCCGCCAAAUGUUUGGACCUAGUGCCGAAAAGGUGAAGGUGGAAAAUAGGACGUGGAAAGUGGAUGCUGGGAGUAGAUCUCUUGAUUUAGAGCUGACAACAUUGUCAAGUGCCAAUCACAUUGAAAUAAGUCCAAGUGAUGCAGGAUUUCAAGACAGAUACGUUGUUCAAGAAGUAAUCAAAGAAAUGGCUAAGAAUAGACCCAUUGAUACUAAGGGGAAGAAAGUAUUUAAAGUACUCGUGCUCAAUGAUGUUGACAAACUUUCUAGAGAAGCUCAACACUCUCUCCGCAGAACGAUGGAGAAAUACAGUGCUUAUUGCAGAUUAAUUCUAUGUUGCAAUAGUUCUUCCAGAGUCACUGAAGCAAUCCGCUCUCGAUGUCUCAAUGUACGAAUUAAUGCACCAACUGAAGAACAGAUUGUUGAAGUUUUAGAACUCAUUGGUAAGAAAGAAGGGCUGCAACUUCCUCCUGGUUUUGCUGCUCGCAUUGCAGAGAAAUCAAAUCGGAAUUUAAGGAGGGCCAUAUUGUCAUUUGAGACUUGUCGGGUCCAACAGUAUCCUUUCACUAGCAAACAAGAAAUUUCUCCAAUGGACUGGGAAGAAUAUAUCUCUGAAAUUGCAUCUGACAUAAUGAAGGAACAGAGCCCCAAAAGGUUGUUUCAAGUUCGAGGAAAGCUCUAUGACCUGCUAAUCAAUUGCAUUCCUCCGGAGAUCAUUUUGAAGAGGCUUCUUCGUGAGCUAUUGAGGAAACUGGAUGCAGAACUAAAGCAUGAAGUAUGUCAUUGGGCUGCAUAUUAUGAACAUCGGAUGCGUCUUGGACAGAAGUCGAUCUUUCACAUUGAAGCAUUUGUGGCCAAGUUCAUGAGCAUUUAUAAAUCCUUCCUUAUUGCAACAUUCGGCUGA